GAGCACGAUACCGAUCGCACCAACCAAUCAGUCUACACUAGAUGGUCGAAGUGAUGAGACGCAUACUCUUUUCUCACUUCUGAACUACUCUAAAAACAUUUUUUUUUCUUUUCACAACACACGCACACACAUUACUUUGUUUUAUCGUCUUCAUUUUCGUUGUGUUUACUUUUUUUCGUUCGUUCGCCAUUUCAAACAAACAUUUUUUUCUUUUUUUUUCUGCUGUCGGUUUUUUUAAGUAUAAAAAUUUAACAUUUUUACAUAUUUUUCGCUCGCAUUGAAGUGAGCUGUGUUAUUGUCAAGCCACAACAAAUUGCUUGACGAUGCGAAACAUUGUCAUUUAUGUCACAAAGUGAACAGAAAUCAUAAGAAUUUCGAUUCCACAGUGCGGUGCUAGUUAAACAAUAAUUGUGAUGUUUUCUUUUUGCAAUUUCAACAGAAUCUUUUGAUUGUAUUUUAAAGCCACCGAUUUUCAGAAGAAAAAUACUUUUUUCAUUGGCUCAACUUAUUUUUUUUUGUUCGAUCGUACACAAAACUCGUGUUUUUCGUGCAGUUACAAAUUGUUGUUGAAAAAAAUAAAAUCGUUUUCGUUUUGUUCUGUAUAAAAUUGUUGUUAACUAAAAAAAAAAUUGCAUAAAAGAAAGACUAUUUAAUUUAUUUAAACCAAAUUAACUAAAGAAAGAAUAAUUUGCAAAAAGAAGAAGUCUGCAGCAAGAAAGAAAUCUUGUCAUCCAGUGAACAGUCAAGUCAGCGCGGAGCAAUUCAACCCGGCUGUGCAGUGCAGUUAGCAAAUAAGUCAGAGUGUGAUAUAGUACGGCGACUCUUCGAAGAAAAACACAUAUUUUUGAAUAGAAAAAAACACGGAAUAAAACACAUUUAAAUGCCAUCAACAACUAUUGCUGGCAUGGCCCAUUACGAGAUGUUGGUUUCUCACAGCCCACCCGUUUUCAGCCACAGUCCACCCGCUUCAUUUCUUAACGAUUAUGGACCAAAUGUUAACAGAUAUUUUGAUCCGUCAAGGUCGUUGUGCCGUUCUCAGAGUUUAACACCAAUUCAAAGUCGACAAAAAUUCCAUCAAUUAGCUAGUAAAAUGCCAACGGUACCAAAGCGACCAUGUUUAGUUGUGAAGAGUGAACAAAUGCACAAAAGUGAUACGGAGAAUGAAACCAAACCACAUAAUGAUAACAAAGCAAAAAAGCGAGUUGUGUUUGCUGAUGACAAAGGAAAGUCAUUAACAGAGAUUCGUGUGAUGUCAGAGCCGUCGAAUGUGCCGCCACUGUGGAGCAUUGAAUUCUUGUCACAUGUCACACAGGGAUUCAUCACUCCCGACAUAACGGAUGAAUGGUCCAUUGCAUUCAAGCAACCAGCCUCAGAUUAUUUAAAUUUUAGACAAAAAUUAGAUACUAAAAAUGUGUCAUUGGAAAAUGUCAUAAUUAAAGAAUCGGAGUCACGGUUGGUGGGAACGGUGAAGGUGAAAAAUCUGAGCUUCACAAAAGAGGUGAUAGUGCGAUCGACAUGGAAUAAUUGGAAGACACAACAAGAUACCAUUUGCACAUUCACACCGAUUUGCGGAGGAGGCGGCUCAUACGUUUUAUACGACACAUUCUCAUUUAAACUCACACUACCACCGUCAUCGGUGGUGCUCGAAUUUUGUGUGUGCUAUCGUGUCGACGGUGUUGAGCAUUGGGACAAUAAUGAGGGGAAAAAUUACAAAUUGAUCAAGAAACGAUCAUCGUUUGCUAGUCAUUCGCCAGCCAUCUUGCUGCAUAUGGAAGAACAGAAGAUCAACGCAAUCAAUAUGUACAGCGGUUUGAGUCACCAAUCGAAGUCACCAACGGCGCAAACCAAUCCAAUUUCGAUUCCAGCCGCAAAAUAUAACGAUUUGACACAGUCAAAGAUGACUUCAUAUUCAGAGUUUGCGUCAUGGAAUCACUUAGAUCACGAGUGCCCGUACUGGUGAAUCGCAUCUGUUUGGUGAUAAAUGAGAAUACAUAUACAGCCCAGCGCCGCAAAGUAAACAAAAAAAAUAUUAGCAAUCACGAAAACAACUGAUGCACUGAUCAAUAUCAUACCAAACAAACAACAAAACACUCAACCACAAAUACACAUACAUCAUAUAUAGAUUUGAGACUCGAAUGGGGCGACACAGAGAGAUAGAGCGAGAGAAGAAUGGUAGUCAACAAGCUGAAAAGAAAAACUGUUGUCAUGUGAACCUGUUCUUUCCCAUACAUGCUGCAAUGACGUGAACGAGAUAGAAAGGAGAUGUUCUGCGAAACGGCAGAGGAGAACGGUCAACGGAAAAUGGCUAGACCAUGAAUACCUACGACAAUAUGCAAUUAUACAUACCAAAAUUCGUUUUUUUUUUCUUGUUAAAUGGCACUUUUUUCUGUUGAGCCAACACACAACCACACGCAUGAAAAAUUGAUUAUGGCACCUUUUUACUUGUUUAAUAGAUUUAGUGCCAGUGUGUGACAAGAUUUUUUUAACUCGAUCGAGCACGUGUUUUGAUUUUUCGCUUUGUGAAGCGAGAAAAAUUGUCGUCGUCGUCGUCGUCGUCGUCGUUGUCGUCGUCGUCGUCGUCGUCAUCACAAAUAAACUAGACAGCUGAUAUUUUGGUUGUCGGAAUUGAGAAAUCGGCUCCUGCCUACAAUUCAAUUUUUUUUGUUUCCUUCUUCUUUCAAUAUCAACUUGUCACGAUCACGACACCAAUUUUUCUCGUUUCACAACUCAAACGAUUUUCGGUCUAUGCGGCGUGUUUUGUAAAUAGAAAGUGAUUUUUAUUCCGUUGAGAAGGCCAAUUUAUUGUUCAAUGUUAAAUACCCUUUUUGUGUGUGUGUGUGUGUGUGUGUUGAAUUGGCCGGUUUUUUGUUGUCGAUUAUUUUUAUAUCAAUUUUUUGCCGUUUCAUAUCUGAUUUUAUAAGAAUAUUCGACGUCGACACAUUCAGCGCCACAAAAAAUAUUAUUCUUAACUAAAUUGCGAUUCUAAACGCGCUUGUUUGUUCACUAUCAUGUUUUUUGCGAUAUGUUUUUGUUUAAAAAAAAAAUGGUAAAAUUUUGAAAAAAUUGGAAAAUUUGAAGAAGAAAAAAAAUAAAAUCGAAACGAUAAAAUUGUAUUUGAACCGAAA